AUCACACGCUUGGUUGGGGUGUGCUCCAAGAUGGCGACUUCCAGGGCUCAGUAUCAGACAUCAUCGCAUAAGAAAGCUAAAUAUCACUAUCUACCCGUGGUUUAAACUUCCUAACAGGCCGAAAAUAAGGAGCCGAGUGGGGCUGAGUUGUCGCCAGUGAAACGCGGAAACAGUUCCCCUAUGGUUUGUUCGUGUGAGGAGCCGGAUUCGGUGUCGGUCUGAAGGAGGUUGUGUUAUCCGAGUAUGGCCACCGAGAACAGGAUCAAUUUUUGGAGGAGAAACGCAAAGGUUCCCGGCAGAUAUCCCAAAGACACAAAGCCCAAGUUCAACAAUCUUAAGUCUAAAAAGGCCUCUAGCUUCCACGAGUUUGCUCGCAGCACCAAUGAUGCUUGGGACAUCGACGAAGAGGAGGACGAAGAUUUCCUCAGCACCCCUGCUCCAACUUUAAGCUCACCAUCAGGCCAUCACUCCACAUCCACACAGGACCAGCAGCAGCAGCAGCAGCAGCAGCAGAUUCAAGCUGAUGACACAGAAACGGGGGUGUCUGACAGACUGGCACCGCCCAGCACAGAGGCUCUAGACUUCCAGGAUGUGCAGGAGGAGGAUGCAGAGUACUGGGAACAUGUCAAUGGCAAGGUUGUCAAGUCUAGCAGCGACGCCCACCUCAACAUGUCCUCAGUCCGCUCCAGCCUGCAGAAGCAGCAGUCUCUCCCAGUCCGUCCCAUCAUCCCACUGGUGGCUCGCAUGUCGGACCAGAACGCGUCGGGGGCCCCACCCAUGACGGUGCGGGAGAAGAGCCGGCUGGACAAAUUCAAGCAGCUGCUGGCCAGUCCCAACACUGACCUAGAGGAACUCCGGAAGCACAGCUGGUCGGGCAUUCCCCGAGAAGUCCGGCCGAUCACAUGGAGACUCCUCUCUGGCUACCUGCCAGCCAACAAAGAGCGCAGAGAGCUGGUGAUGAAGAGGAAGCGAGAGGAAUACUUUGGCUUCAUAGAGCAGUAUUACCACUCCAGAACAGACGAGCACUAUAAAGACACUUACAGACAGAUCCACAUCGAUAUUCCCAGAACCAACCCUCUGAUUCCCCUGUUCCAGCAGCCGGCAGUACAAGAGGUGUUUUGAGCGUAUUCUCUUAUCGGGGCCAUCCGCCACCCGGCCAGCUACGUCCAGGGGAUCAAUGAUCUGGUCACGCCCUUCUUUGUCGUCUUCCUCUCCGAGUUGUCAGUAAAAGACGUGGAGAACUCUGAGGUGGCUGCCGCUGCCUCUGGACACCAGAGAAACAUCGAAGCUGACAGCUUCUGGUGCAUGAGCAAGCUGCUGGAUGGAAUACAGGACAACUACAACUUUGCUCAGCCUGGAAUCCAGAAACAAGUGAAAGCUUUAGAGGAGCUGGUCAGCAGGAUAGAUGAGGACAUUCACAAUCAUUUCAAGAGGUACGAGGUGGAGUAUCUGCAGUUUGCUUUCCGGUGGAUGAACAAUCUGCUGAUGAGGGAGCUGCCGCUUCGUUGCACUAUUCGUCUCUGGGACACCUACCAGGCUGAAACAGAGGGGUUCACACACUUCCACCUGUACGUCUGUUCUGCCUUCCUCAUCGAGUGGCGCAAAGAAAUCCUCUCCAUGGUGGACUUUCAGGGCCUUCUUAUGCUACUGCAGAACCUUCCCACAAUCCAUUGGGGUAACGAGGAAGUGGGCCUCCUCCUGGCUGAAGCUUAUAGACUGAAUUACAUGUUUGCAGACGCACCCAGCCACUACAAGAGAUAGGCCCGAGUCUGAUAGACCCUCCAGAGCAGCUGUGUCUCUGAGGAACCUGGGACACACAGAACUUGAACUCCAGUGACUGACACACUUCAAGCUCGGUGACUAUGAGAAUAUUUGCAGUCACUGCACUGUAUCGAUGGACUGUUACAGAAUGGAUAACCACACCCACCCCACCUUGCUUUUACUUGUACAGUCUGUGGUCAUGCAACAUGAAUAACACUGUAAUAUAAAGGGAGGACGUCUGUGAGAUUAUCCUUUUAGUGAAAGAUGGCAUCUACAGAUUCUAUUUUUUUGAAGAUAUGUUUUGGUAGUUUUUUUACAAGGGAAAUAAUCUUAGAUGUAAACCAGGCAACUACAAUAAUUUAUUUCUUUGUUCAAAUGUAUUUAGUCUUACACUGUUAAGCUAUUAAUAAUAAGAAGGGACCCCCCGCCCCCCCUUUCAGAUAAGAGUGCUAAUUUAUGAGUAGACUUUAGAUGUUUAGAUGUUUUGGUUCAGGGUUUUCAAAUUUGCAUUGUACAAUCAAUUUAUAAAUAUUCUAUAUUAUACUUUUAUUCAAUGACUCGGCUCAUUGUUAGCCAGUACUUAUAUUUAAAAUUGUUUUAGGCAUUAGACCUAAGAGUAGCACAUUGUAGGUACUGUGUCUAUUUAGCUUGAGUUCUGGGUUAAAGGUGGAGGAACACAUUUAGUACCUAAGCCUCAGAAGGAGGAGGUUAAUGUAGCUUUGAAAUUCUUUGUUUAAACUGCUACCCUGGAAUCUUAUCUAAGUCUUAUUUUAUUUUGUCCCUGUCUUAGAUAAAUCUAAAUGUUAUUAUAUUUUGACAGUUAAAUUAGUUAGAGAUUGUGGCACAUGGUAACAAUGGCAAAACAUGAGAUCAGCAACAACUGGUCUGUUUGAAUCUUGAAUCAUUUCCUUUGCGUAACAUUCAGAGUAAAUGAUUGUAUGAUAAUCUGUGAACUAUCAAACAGGAUACCUGUGGUCACCGUAAAGAUGCAGGUAGUUAAACAUCUUCCUCAGUAUAGGAUCAUUUUAAUAUUUGUUUUUUUUAGGUUGAAGAUAUUUAAAAAAAGAGGAAAUGCCUUUUCAAUGCUGAAGGACAUUUAGUCACAGAGUUAUACUUGAGACAGUCCUGUGGACACAGUGCAGCUCACAUCAUUUUGAUGCAUUUGUUAUGUUCUUCUGUCUUUUAAAAUGUGACAUGGAUAAUUGCUGUGUUAUCAUUAAUGUUUGUAUUUUAUAUUUGUAUGUGCUUCAGGUUAGGUUGCUCUUGUAUCUGUGACCAUUGAGGGGUGAAUAUAUGUGUUACUACUCAUCUACCUUCAUUACCAGUGAUAAUUAUACCACAAUGUAUGUCUGAAAUAUAUGACAAUCAUUAGCCUUUGAUCAUUUGAUUUCCUAAUCUACAAGAGAUGUUCUUUUUGAAAUUGUCUUUUGCCAUUUUGACUUUUUAUUUUACAGACAGUGUCGACACUGUUUAAUGAGUCUUAAUUCAUAUUCAAGAGUGAUUCGGUCCUUCUGAAGUAUGGCACUAUAUAUUCUGAAGAUGCUAUGGUACUUAAUUUGAGUCUGUGAAAUAGAUCAUUUUCAUUUUUGGAACAAUCUAACACUGUCAUAUACUUACUUAUGGUUUAUUCAUUGCCAGUUUUGUGUUUAGCUUUGUUAAGCCUGCUAUAAUCUCGUGUUCAUCCACCUUCUUUUCCCUAACUUUUAAUGUAUUUCAAGUGAUGUUGUUGAAUGUAUGCCUUUAGCCUUAAAGUUGUUUUGUUUUUUCAUUCAGGUGCGCCAACUGAUUGUUCACUCCAUCUAAAGGUCAUAAUGUCCUCAAAAUAUGAUGUUGACUCUAAAGGCUGAAAAAUAAAAAACAACUGUUGAUAUCUUUC